UUAAAUGGUUGUCAAAUGUGAAUAGAGCUCGCAGUUCUGGCCAUGUACCUCGUUGCACUAGUCGCUCCGCAGCUUAUUCUCUACGGAAUGGUGCUCUGUGAACCGUCUGUGAUUUAUAAAAUGAAGAAUAUCGAAUGUUUUGGAGUAGCCCCCUUCUCCGCUAACAGCUCGUGCUAUAUUAAGCCCAUCAACUGGAACAAAGCCGUGGCCCAAAUGGACGUUGAACUGCUCCAGCCACUGCACAAUAUCUCAGUACGGGUUCAGCUCUUCAAGAGGGACUACAGCAACCAGUAUCAGCCAUUUCUUGUGGACGUUACCAUUAAUAUAUGUGAUAUCCUAUCGAGAAGGAGCUUUAUGCCUGUUGGCGUGAUUAUAAUUAAAGUGACCAAACGGUUCUCGAAUUUCAAUCACUCCUGCCCGUUUGCUGGUCAUUUAAUGGCACGCGGCGCCUACAUCGACGAGUCCUUUGUGCCCAACUAUUUUCCGUUGGGCCUUUACAAAAUCAACAUUACCAUUAUGGAGAAUUACCCCAAAAAGCAGCCCGAUCAUGCCGGAAGCAUCGUUUGGUAUGUCCAGGCUAUGAUACCUGUCAUAAAUAAGAAGAAUAAAAACUGAAACCGUUCGUCAUUAAAUGUGGUUUAAAUCGAUUUAUAAUGUUACCGAAACUCUGAUCUACUUUUAAUGAAAUGUAAAUAACUAUUAAAUUUGAAUCAUU